AUCCGCCCUCCCGGUCGCCCGACUGCGCAUGGCACGUUGCGUACUCCCCUCCCAGCAACCGGCCUGGCGGCGGCGCGGCCGUAAAACUGAGGAGGCGGAGCCAAGACGGUCGGGGCUACUUGCUAACUCCAGGAACAGGUUUAAGUUUUUGAAACUGAAGUAGGUCUACACAGUAGGAACUCAUGUCGUUUCUUGUAAGUAAACCAGAGCGAAUCAGGCGGUGGGUCUCGGAAAAGUUCAUUGUUGAGGGCUUAAGAGAUUUGGAACUAUUUGGAGAGCAGCCUCCGGGUGACACUCGGAGAAAAACCAAUGAUGCGAGCUCAGAGUCAAUAGCAUCCUUCUCUAAACAGGAGGUCAUGAGUAGCUUUCUGCCAGAGGGAGGGUGUUACGAGCUGCUCACUGUGAUAGGCAAAGGAUUUGAGGACCUGAUGACUGUGAAUCUAGCGAGGUACAAACCAACGGGAGAGUAUGUGACUGUACGGAGGAUUAACCUAGAAGCUUGUUCCAAUGAGAUGGUAACAUUCUUGCAGGGUGAGCUGCAUGUCUCCAAACUCUUCAACCAUCCUAAUAUUGUGCCAUAUCGAGCCACUUUUAUUGCAGACAAUGAGCUGUGGGUUGUCACAUCAUUCAUGGCAUAUGGUUCUGCAAAGGAUCUCAUCUGUACACACUUCAUGGAUGGCAUGAAUGAGCUGGCGAUCGCUUACAUUCUGCAGGGGGUCCUGAAGGCCCUCGACUACAUCCACCACAUGGGCUAUGUACACAGGAGUGUCAAAGCCAGCCACAUCCUGAUCUCUCUGGAUGGGAAGGUCUACCUGUCUGGUUUGCGCAGCAACCUCAGCAUGAUAAGCCAUGGGCAGCGGCAGCGAGUGGUCCACGAUUUUCCAAAGUACAGUGUCAAGGUUCUGCCGUGGCUCAGCCCCGAGGUCCUCCAGCAGAAUCUCCAGGGUUAUGAUGCCAAAUCUGACAUCUACAGUGUGGGAAUCACAGCCUGUGAACUGGCAAACGGCCACGUCCCCUUUAAGGAUAUGCCUGCCACCCAGAUGCUGCUAGAGAAACUAAACGGCACAGUGCCCUGCCUGUUGGAUACCAGCACCAUCCCUGCCGAGGAGCUGACCAUGAGCCCUUCGCGCUCAGUGGCCAACUCAGGCCUGAGUGACAGCCUGACCACCAGCACCCCACGGCCCUCCAAUGGCGACUCGCCUUCCCACCCCUACCACCGAACCUUCUCCCCCUACUUCCACCACUUUGUGGAGCAGUGCCUUCAGCGCAACCCGGAUGCCAGGCCCAGUGCCAGCACCCUCCUGAACCACUCUUUCUUCAAGCAGAUCAAGCGACGUGCCUCAGAGGCUUUGCCUGAAUUGCUUCGUCCUGUCACCCCCAUCACCAAUUUUGAGAGCAGCCAGUCUCAGGACCAUAGUGGAAUCUUUGGCCUGGUAACAAACCUGGAAGAGCUGGAGGUGGAUGAUUGGGAGUUCUGAGCCUCUGCAAACUGUGCGCAUUCUCCAGCCAGGGACGCAGAACCUUCCUGAGGGCUGGCCACAUUCCCGCCCUCCUGGGCAGAUUGGGUAGAAAGGACAUUCUUCCAGGAAAGUUGGCUGCUGACUGAUUGGGAAAGAAAUCCUGGAGAGACACUUCACUGCUCCAAGGCUUUUGGGACACAAGGAAAUCUCAACAAGCAGGGAUCAAGAGGGUCCAAAGCCGACAUUCCCAGUCCUAUGAGCUCAGGUGACCUCCUCUACAGAAGGAAGAGAUGCUGCUCUAGCUCUGGGAGCCGAAUUCCAAGCCCAGGGUUUGACUUCUUAACCCUGAGGACCGCCACCUCUUCCCAAUGCUUGCGACCAGCCUCAUUCUACUUAACUUUGCUCUCAGAUCCUAUAGGUCAGUGAAAGGGCAAGUAGUAAGCUACCUGCCUCCCUUCCCCUAGACCUCUCCCUCAUAAUUCCAGAGAAGGGUAUUUCUGUCUGUUUAAGCACGGACUAAGGCUGGGACAGUCCAUCCUUAUCCCUUUUCUGGCUUGGGCCCUGACACCUAAGUCUUUCCCACGGUUUAUGUGUGUGCCUCAUUCCUUUCCCACCAAGAAUCUAUCUUAGCACCUCCUGCCAGCUGCCCUGGUGCUUUCUCCAAGGGCCAUCAGUGUCUUGCCUAGCUUGAGGGCUUAAGUCCUUAUGCUGUGUUAGUUUCGUUAUCAGAACAAAUUAAAAUUUCCAGAGACCCUG